GGAGGCUCGGCGCCAGUCUCUCCGUUACUAGCAUCAGAAAUAAAUACGAGUGAACUUUAUUAAAAUAUUCUGUGAAGUAAAGUAUUGAAAGACAUUGGGAUCCUCUGUCGUCCAACAAUGAAUCUAGAGCUGCUUGUUCUUUCUUAUUAAUAACUGGCUCAGACUUUGGAUAAAACUUGAAGAAUUCUCUCUUUACUCAUGGAUAACUUCCUGCUUCUUUCUGAAUCCUUCGGGCAGAACUACCCGGAGGAGGCAGAUGGCACCCUGGACUGCAUCAGUAUGGCCCUCACCUGCACCUUCAACCGCUGGGGAACCCUGCUGGCUGUGGGCUGCAACGACGGCCGCAUCGUCAUCUGGGACUUCCUCACACGGGGCAUCGCCAAAAUCAUCAGCGCACACAUCCACCCGGUCUGCUCUUUAUGCUGGAGUCGAGACGGCCACAAGCUGGUGAGUGCCUCCACAGACAACAUCGUCUCGCAGUGGGACGUCCUGACUGGAGACUGUGACCAGAGGUUCCGCUUCCCCUCACCCAUCCUCAAGCUGCAGUGCCACCCCAGAGACAUGGACAAAGUGCUGGUGUGUCCCAUGAAGUCAGCGCCGGUCCUGCUGACGCUCUCAGACUCCAAACACGUCGUCCUGCCAGUGGACGACGACUCAGACCUCAAUGUAGUGGCUGCCUUCGACAGGCGGGGGCAGUACAUCUACACAGGCAACGCCAAAGGAAAGAUCCUGGUUUUGAAAACAACCAAUCAGGAGCUGGUGGCUUCCUUCAGAGUUACGACAGGCACCAGCAACACCACCGCCAUCAAAUCCAUUGAAUUUGCACGCAAGGGCAGUUGCUUCCUCAUAAACACAGCAGACCGGAUCAUCAGGGUGUAUGACGGCAGGGAGAUUCUGACCUGUGGCCGUGACGGAGAGCCUGAACCCAUGCAGAAGCUGCAGGACCUGGUCAACAGGACUCCGUGGAAGCGUUGCUGUUUCUCCGGCGAUGGCGAGUACAUCGUGGCCGGUUCUGCCCGGCAGCACGCGCUCUACAUCUGGGAGAAGAGCAUCGGCAACCUGGUGAAGAUCCUUCAUGGAACCAGAGGAGAGCUGCUGCUGGAUGUGGCGUGGCAUCCUGUCCGUCCAAUUAUCGCUUCCAUCUCCAGUGGAGUGGUGUCCAUCUGGGCUCAGAACCAAGUGGAAAACUGGAGCGCUUUUGCUCCAGACUUUAAAGAGCUGGAUGAGAAUGUGGAGUACGAGGAGCGAGAGUCUGAAUUCGACAUUGAAGACGAAGAUAAGAGUGAACCUGAGCAGACAGGUGCAGAUGCUGCGGAGGAUGAAGAGGUGGAUGUCACCACUGUCGACCCCAUCGUUGCCUUUUGCAGCAGUGAUGAGGAGCUGGAGGACUAUAAGGCCCUGCUGUACCUGCCCAUUGCUCCUGAGGUGGAGGACCCUGAGGAAAACCCCUUCGGCCCCCCGCCGGAGUCCGCGGCUCAGACCGGGGCCCCGGAGGAGGCGCUGGCUGCCGGCGACAAGAAGCAGCGACAGCCGUCAUCUGAAGGCCCGGCCAAGAAGAAGGCGCGCACCACCACCAUCGAACUGCAGGGGGUGCCCAGUGACGAGGUGCACCCCCUGCUGGGAGUGAAGGGCGACGGCAAGUCCAAGAAGAAGACAGCAGGCCGGCCCAAAGGCUCCAAAGGUAAAGACAAAGACUUCCCCUUCAGGCCCAAGCCCCACAGGGGGGAGCGGCCCUCCUUCGCUGGGGAGGCCCUGGGCAGCUCAGGCCCAGGAGGAGGAGGAGGAGGAGGAGGGAUGAAGGGCAGAGCAGAGGGGGGCCUGGCCUCAGGGAGUCUGCUCUCACAGUCGUACAAACAACACGAUAUUGGAGGGAUGGACUGAUCACUGUUAGUGAAGCAGCCACCAACAGACUCAAACAAAGAGACAAAGCCUGAUGUCAUAAAACAGACUGUGAGCGAGCAGUUUGACAUGCAGACUGUUUUCGCUCCAAACCAGGGCUCACUUCACAGAAAAACUCCUGAGCCCAGAUCUCUUGACAGGAGCCGACAAAGAGAGCGUGAAGCAGUGGAGUCACAGUGAAAUGUCCUCUGUCUAUGUAGGGUUCAUCAUGUAUAGAUCACGUGCGUCCUGAUAGUGUGUGUGUCAUCUUUCUUGUUGUUUUUAUACGUAUUAAAACAUUUUGAUUUGUAAAUAA